AAAAUUACCAAUAACAAGAUUUCGUACAAUUUUCUACAACGAAACGAAGAGAUUAUAUAAGAAUAUAUAAUUAACCGUAAAAGCAGAUAUUGGAAAAAUUUUUCCAAUUUCUCUUAAUUUCUCUAAUUUAAAUUGAUUUCUCUGAUUUGUUGAAAAAAAAAAAAAAAAAAAAAAAAUGAUUUUUUUCAGAGAAUGCAAUCAAGAUAUUCUUUGCAUAUGUUACACGGAGGUGUAUGACUUUUUGGCGUCAGGCAUGAUGGAUGGCACGGUGAAAAUGUACAAGUUGAACAACAGCAGCAACAACAACAACAACAACGAAAAGUUCGUGUUGCGCGAUACCGAGAUAAUACAGAUGCCAAGUCCGGUGACGGCGGUUAAACACAGGCCUGUCCGCAAAUCUUAUCCAAUCUCGCGUACCGUCAUUGCCACUUGUCAGUGCUAUACACCACAAUUUCUAUUAUUUUCUCUGAUAUAGAUAAUAAACGGAGAAGGAACACGGAUGGAGCUUCGUUUCUUUAAAAAAUUCUUCCGAAUUCUUCAUUCGUUUCUUUCUUUUAAUUUAUCCAUGCUGUUGUUCGUUGAUCGUUGCAGAUGCGAAUGGUUGCGUCAAGUGUUGGCAUUAUCCGACCAAUCAAAGCCUUUACACGAUACGGGAGAACAGGCAGGUUCUAGGCUUGGCCUAUCACCCUCAUCUACCAAAAUUCGUAACCUUGGGCAACGAUGCGAAGCUCAUCAUGUACGACGAAGAAACGAAAAUGCAAGAGAGAGUGUUUCACGCAAGGUCGGUCGUGUGUUUACAAACAUAUCUGUUAUCUUUGUCGCGCUUACGGUUAAGAAAUGGCGAUCGUCGACGAAGAAAGGGAAUACUUUGUGCGAUUGCGCAAAGCGAUUGAAAUUACGAUGAGAAAUAUUUAUCGUACGCGCGAUUCCUUGAUACAUUGGUUCGAGGCCAAAGUUUGUUCGUUUCGAGAGAUUUACAAAGCGCAAAGAAUUGGAAAGAAUCGAAAAUUACCUUGAUCUCGUUAAACGAGAUCGAUCGUAAUCGAUUUCUCGAACAAAUCGAGUCGAUUAAACCGAAUAAAUAAUCGCUCCGCUUUCAAACAUUUUUCUCGUCUCGUUUC